AUGGCGGAUGAAGAAGUCUGUGUAGGAGCCAAAGGUGAGGUCGACAACCUUGGAGUGCGUAUUGGCGCCAUUUUCAUCAUCCUGGCCAGCUCGGCCUUCUUCACGCUCCUUCCUAUUGUUACGCGCCGUAUCCCGAAGCUCACGGUCCCCUCGGCCAUCUAUGACUUUACCAAGUACUUCGGCAGCGGCGUCAUUAUUGCGACGGGUUUCAUCCAUCUACUGGAGCCCGCGAACGAAUCACUGACGCAACCCUGCCUCGUCCCCGCUUUCUCGGAGCACUACCCCAUGGCGUAUGCGUUCGCACUAAUUUCGAUGAUGCUCGUGUUUAUUAGCGAGUUCUUUGCGUACCGCCUUGGCUCGGCCAUGAUUGCCAAGAAAAUUGGAGGUGUUGCGCACCACCACGCCUCGGGCCAUAUGGACGCUCACGCUCAUAUCCAUGAGCACCACAGCCACCACCACCACCACGAACCCCAGCAUGACCACCACCAUGCGGAUGAGGAAGAGCUGAUCCACGAUGCGCUUGCCCCUGCUGGCCAGAAGGACAAGCUCAUGGAUGUCGAAGAGGGCAGCCAACUGUCGAUGAACCCCGGCGCCACCUCUGAGGUAAUUGGUGUGUUUGUGCUGGAGUUUGGUGUGAUUUUCCACUCGGUCAUUAUUGGCCUGACACUCGCCACGACCGAGUGGAACUCGGAAGAUGGCGACAAGUUUGUCGUUCUGUUCCCUGUCAUUGUAUUCCACCAGCUCUUUGAGGGCAUCGGUCUCGGCUCGCGUCUGUCGCUUUUGCCCCAGUCGCUCGGGACCUUGCUGCCUGUGCUCAUGGGCCUUGCCUACUCGGUGGUCACGCCGAUCGGCAUGGCGAUUGGCCUUGGUGUGCGCUCGUCCUACACCGCAGAUACCCCUACUGGCUACUAUGUGACGGGUACCUUUGACGCCUUCUCGGCAGGUAUUUUGAUCUACACGGGCCUCGUGGAGCUGCUGGCUCACGAUUUCAUCUUUAACGAUGCUAUGCAAAAGGCGCCGAUGGGCAAGGUGCUCCUCAACAUGUUUGAGGUGUGCCUCGGCAUUGCAAUCAUGGCGCUCUUGGGCCGCUGGGCAUGA